GCCCACUCAGAGGGCCGGUAAAGUCAGUUCAAACUGAAAAACACGCUGCAUGCGCGCAGACCUUUCAAGAGGACGUUGGUGUAUGGAGAGGAAGGGCCACUGCGUUACAGCCUACCUCUGACUUGGCUUCAUGUUUUUUUAUUCAGAACUGUUCAGAUAGGUUGCGUCAGGGACAAACUUCUCACGAUCCACUGUGUCAUUUUUAGUGUCAUUUAAGUCUUAAGCUGGUACACCCACAAGUCUUGUCUCGGAACCUGCUGAGUGUGUUCCCUGGAUGCUUUAGGUGAACAGGUGGCGUGAGCUCCGGUUCCCAUAAUUCUCUAUUAGGGGCGAGACGCUUGGCAGAGCAGAGUUAACGCACUUUACCGGACAUUAAGCAUUUAAUACCUGGCUCUAAGCUGGACAAGGGACGAUCUGCGUAGGUGCCCUCCCUUGUUAAAAGGAGAAGAUUUGACAAGGGAGCUGUGAUGCCAGUAGCAGACAGCGACAUGGUAGUGGACAACAGCCACGCGGUGCACGAGGGUAAAACCCCAAAUAAUAAUGCAGGGAAUGACAACAUAACUUCGGCCUCCCUGAGCAGCCCUGCGGCGGACAUCCUGAAAAACUUUUACCACACCAAGCGGGUCGGGAACUAUCUGAUCGGGCGAAAGCUUGGAGAAGGAUCGUUCGCCAAAGUUCGAGAGGGUCUUCAUGCCAUGACAGGAGAGAAGGUAAGCAGAAACAGUUUGUUAAAAUAUAUAUAUUAGAGUCUUUCUCUCGUUUUGGUAGGUUGCUUACAUAUAUUGCAAACAGAAGUCUUUCCAUUGGUAUGUUUUGCAUUAAGAAGAAUCAAAGAAACUGCAGUUAUCUAGAUGAUUGAUGCCAUUCAACACGCUCCCUGAUUAUUUUAUUUUGAUAGACCCUGGAUGGUGUCAGCUGUUGCUGGGUUCAUACCUCCACAUGAAGAAGAAAAAACACCCUUUCUUCUAUUAUUAUCAUUAUUAUUGACACUCAAAUCAUGAAGACCUGAAAAGACCUAAUCAGCUCUUGGCUUUCCAUGAGAAAGUGAUAAGCUUCGUUUGCAUUUAGAGGCUUUGUUAAUGAGCUCAUGGACCAUUACCAGCUGUUGGAUCAUGCUUUACGCACAGCAGGACCAAGCUUCUCUGUUAUUAUUAUUUUUUCUUUGUGUGGGAGAGAAAGAGAGUCUGAGCUUCCUGUAUUUUUCCAACACAUGUGUGGGACCAGUGGUGUGUUUUUCUGAUGAACCUCUGCUUUGUUUGCUGCUGCUGGGGGGUGAGCUCACAGCUCUGGGCGCGCAAGCCUGUGAUAGGGGCAGAGGGAGAAAUUGCCCGGCCUAUGAGAGAGCUCAGCUGCUACUUGCAUAUGAAAUCAUGUCGUUGAUAAAUGGGCUCCAGUCUCAUUAGGAUUCUGCCAGCGCAGGGCUUUGCAAUGGGCUUCCAUUGGCCACUGGUUGCCUUUGUCUCUCCAGGCUUUUUUUCUGAGGGGCAGCCAGGGUAUAACCAUAUACUGAAAAAAAAAACAAGAACCCCCCACUCUGCAGUGAUUUCUAUACAUAUAUGUGAUUAUGUAUAAGAGAAUAUGCACCAGAAAAAUUAAUAAUUAGCAUAAUAAAGCAUGUUUAACAUAAGCUCAUUCAGUGGACCCCCACCCAUUCUUUGAUAGAAAGCGCUCAUCUACCCUUCCCUCACUGUCUUUGUUGAGGAUGAUGCAAACACUGGCAAUCACAUAACCAAGCACAUCACAUGGUCUCUCGCUCUUUACGCACUCUCUCUCUCUCUCUUAUUCAAUGUAACAGAGGGUCCAUCAUAAGGGAGGGGGGCAGUGAGUUUAUUCAAGCAAAAGGGUAGUCAGGGGGAAAAGAAAUGCGGGAGAUCCUUUUUUAGCGUCAUUAGAAAGUCAUAGUGGAUGCUGGGGAGUAUGUGUGUGUUUGUGUGUGUGUGUGUGUGUGUGAGAGAGAAAGAGGCAGGGGGUUUGAAAGUGAGGAGAGGUGAGGUGGUGCUGUCAUGGUCAGGGGGGCCACUGAGGUCAUAUGCAUGUGUUUUUGAUGUCUGUAACCCACUUUCCCCUUGAUACCCCCCUCCACCUCCGCCCUUUUCUGUCUGAGGGGCGCCUGAUAAACAACUGAACCCCCGCACUCAAAGUCCCCCCCGGCUGGGCAAACCCCUCCCCCUUCCAUAUACCCCCCACCACUCCACUCAUAUACACUAGCCUACUGUAAAUACAGUGCCCCAUCCCCCAUACAUACCCCGCACCCCCAUUUCUUAUCCUUACUGCCUGGCGUAAACAAGGGCCCAUCCAUUACUGUACUGACAGUCACACACACUCAAACUCACAGUUACACACACUCAAGAAAAUACAGCCAGGUUUAAUUAGUGGCUAUAAAAGAGGUUUUCAGAGGUGAAUCAAUUAUUGGAGAUGAAAGGAUGAAGGUAAAAAAAGAAAGACAACUGAAGGACAGAAGAAAGAGACCAUGCACACACAUAAACAUGCGACCACUUCAGCCCUCACCAUUUCAUUAAUGGAUAUGGUUAUUAGCCUCACCGGUUGUGCCUUUCUAUGUCUGUAGACUCUCCUUGAGAUGAUUUGCUGUAAAUGGUGGCCAUGCUCUUGAACUCAGUCUAGACUGGGAUACAAGGAUACAAGGAGACGAGCAAAGGAUGAGAUAGAAUUUAUGGGGACGUUAUUGAAUGUAAUUAGCCAUAAAGUGUUUGUCAUGGAGGUAGAGGACAUGUUCUGAGUCCUUUAUGAGCAGAUCGUGCAGGAUUUUAUCUCCAUUUAGACAAGGACAGGGAGAUACAGACAGGAGACGCUCGGAUGAGUAAUUAAAUACAGAAAAAACUAAAAGCAUCAGACAGGCAAUCUGUUCUCCUCACUCUGUUGAAUCUGCAGGCUCCUAUUUUUCCCUCCUCAGUCUUGUUCCUACAUUUGCUGCCUCUUUUCUUGUGUGUUUAGCUGUGACUGAACUCUGUGGCAAAUGGGGGAAAACUGUGAGUCCAUUUGGCCUUGGCGCCUUCUCAAUAGACAGAGUAACAUUUGCUUUUCCCCUAGUUUAUGAUGGUUCAUUAACCCCUCCAACACACACUUACACACAUCCCCCUUCUUGAAGCCGUAGGGCCCUAUAGCGCCUGGGUUGCCCCACAUUGGGAGCAGCUGUCAGGGAGAGGUCAGCGCCGCGUUUUACACCCUGCAAUGGAAGCUGAGAAGCCCAUCACCUGUUACACUUUAACUCUGAAAGGCUUUCACCUCAACACACGAGCGCAUGGGGAUUCCUCUCAAUUUAGGCAGUCUUUAGCCGCAAAAUUAUGUUAUUCUUACCCUUCCAUCAUCAUCUACUUUGUCAAUCUCUCCAGGUUGCAGUGAAGGUGAUCGACAAGCGGAAGGCUAAGAAGGACUCAUAUGUGACCAAGAAUCUGCGAAGGGAGGGUCACAUCCAGCAAAUGAUCCGCCACCCCAACAUCACGCAGCUUUUGGACAUCCUGGAGACGGAGAACAGCUACUACCUGGUGAUGGAGCUGUGUCCCGGCGGGAAUCUCAUGAACCGCAUCUACGACAAGAAACGCCUGGACGAAAGGGAGACUCAGAAGUACAUCCGACAGCUGGUGCUGGCUGUCGAGCACUUGCACAGGGCUGGCGUUGUGCACAGGUAAGAAAAAAAAAGGGUUUAAACAUUUGAAUAGGGCGGAGAAGGAAAAGAGAAUUUCUGCCAGUUUGUGGCGUAAAGCUGACUUAAAGAUUUCCGAGCCAGACAGGAUCUUCCUUCUCCAAGUGUGGGUUAAACCCUUAUUUUUCACAGUACUGGUAAUCCAAAAAUAAACAUAUCUGUCAGCUUUAAAUGCAAUGCCAAUGUUUUAAAGAGUUUCCAAGAGAGCCGAUAAGAUUUUCUUCUAAACAAACAAGAUUUAAACAUCAAUUUCUCUGCCCUCUGUACUGUUGGAAGCUGUUCCAGUGCAUUUCUCUUCCAAAUACCUUCAUGUAAUAUAAUCAAACCUUUGUUGUGAUUUAAGGAAAGCACAUAAGCUGCAUCUCUUAAUCAUUUUUCACUGCAUGGAAAUAUUCAAUUCUUUGUCGCUUGGAGCCUGGGAACUAAAUUUCUAUCAUAGUGAGAUGGUCUGUGUAGACGACUGUAUAACAGGAUUUCCAAGACCAAAGAAGGAUCUGGAGAUGCACAAAAGAGGCUGAAAAUCAGCCAUUGUGACCCACAUUGGGAGGGGUGAAUGUUUGGGGGCUUCCAGUAAGGGAGGGGGGCUGACCUCUUCUUUUUGUGCAGUUUAAAGAUGGUGACUGAGAUAAGUAAUCUGAUGUAAAUACUGACACUGACAUUUAACCUGUUUUUUUUCUCUUUUGUGUCGCAGGGAUCUGAAGAUAGAAAACCUCCUGUUGGAUGAGCAGGACAACAUAAAGCUCAUAGGUAACUCAAGAAGUCUUGUAUUCUGAAUUCUUAGACCUUUGAAUACAACAUCUCCCACAGUAAAAGCAUGAAUAGCAUUAAAGCAGCUAAUAAUAAAGAGCUUUUCUUUUAUUCCAGCUACUUUACACUAGAAAUAAAAAGGUUUUCACAGCUGGAGUUAGACAUACAGUGUCCCACAUGUGGUGAGGGGUUAAGAGCCGUUAAAUAUGCUGUUAAAACCCUACAAGCUCUCACCAUAGUGCUAAUCUGCUUCUGUUUGUGUGUAUAAUACUGAGAUGAGGCGACACAGUUCACAGGUUUGCUGAAAAGGCAGCAAUAAACCCAGAAAAAAACACUCAUUAUCUCUCUUUCCCUGCAGACUUUGGCCUCAGUAACUGCGCCGGCAUCCUGGGGUACUCAGACCCUUUCAGCACCCAGUGUGGAAGUCCUGCAUAUGCGGCCCCGGAGCUGCUCUCACGGAAGAAGUAUGGACCAAAAGUGGAUGUCUGGUCCAUGUGAGUGAAUUCUCUUUUUUAAAUUGUUGUAAAAAAACAAACAAAUUUUGAUUUGUUAACAUGUUUAUUCAAUGAGCUAAGCUGAAAUGAGUAUUAUAUUCUUCCAGUGGUGUAAACAUGUACGCAAUGUUGACCGGGACUCUGCCGUUCACCGUGGAGCCCUUCAGUCUCCGAGCGCUGCACCAGAAAAUGGUGGACAAGGAGAUGAACCCUCUACCUCCCUCUCUUUCCACAGGUAAAUUCUUAAAGCACUAAUGUACGCCUAUGUGUAGGUUAUUCAAAGACACCACAGCUUUUCUUUGUGGUUGAGAAAAAAACAAACAUAUCUCUCACCAGGCCCACUUGUACGCUUGCAUAACAGCGCUAUCAUCCCUGAGGGUAAAACCGUAUAUCUUACAGCGUUAAAAGUACACUUGAACUCAAUCAACAUAGAUUAUUUUAACAACUGCAUGUCGUAAAAUGUGAAGUCUGUGACAUUUCAACUGUUAUGACACAUCGUGUUGUCUUGCCAAGACAGGCAGACAAAAGGUCUAUUCAAACUUAUAGAUUAAAGUAGAUUAAACAGGAAAAGGUUCAGGGUUUGGAAAAGAAGUCAAGAGGAGCGAAAAUACAAGUUUUACAGAGGAUAUGAUGUGUGUCUUUAUGAUUCUGAAUGUUUACAAAAGGGUUUUCAAGUCUUUAAAAUACUGAAACCUGAAAUAUAACAAAAGUUUUUUUACUUAAAUUGAAAAUUUUCAGUGCAGCAAUAUUCAUGCGUGUAUUCAUCAUUCAUCUGAAAACAGUAACUCUUCAUAAAUUGAGUUUUUCUCAGGGAGUAACGUGGCAGCUAUGGCAGAAAGGAAAUUUUAUUAACUUGAAGAUAUUUGGGGCAUGAUAAUUAUAAAAAAUAUAUAUAUAUAAACACAACAUAAUAACAACAAAUUUAGAAUAAAAAUUAAGUUUUAAUUUGAGGAUAAAAGGGUAAUUAAAGAAAACUUAUAUAACAUGUCAUAAGGAAAUGUUGGGCAUGGUACGAGUCCAAACAAGUCUAUCUACUGAACUGCCAUCAUGCGUUUGUUCAUAAUUGUUGACAGGCUUUGAAUAACAUUUCCAGAGAAGAUGCUGGCACAAUACCAAAAGAUCUUAUGACGAUGAAAUUUUCUCUCUGCCAUAGAUAAGAACCUCUGAAGAACUGAUCUCUUUGUCAUGGUGUACAAACAUGGAAAAUGCUCUGGCUCAUUUCACCCAUUUAUCACAUCACGGAAUUGUAGUUAGUAGGUAGUUCUGCAGAAAAGCAUAAGAAAAUAAGAGAGAGAAAGUAGCAUAGGUGUGUGUGUUCGCUUCACUGAAAUUGGUGACGCUCAUACCAGAGACGCUUCUCCGGAGCGAGUCACAACAGUGUCGCCCUAAUGCACGCAUACCCUAGUUAUGUAACUGUUAAUCAGGUUAUUAACGCAGACAUGUCAUCUUAUCUGUGCCGUGCAUUUCACAUAAGACAGAAGGUGGAUGGGAGCCAGACUUGACGUCAAAAGGGAUCUGUAGUUAUGCUGUGACUGCUUAUCCAAAAAAAAAAAAGAUGUGGUUAAGUUUUGUGUAAGUUAGCAGAGUAAUCAGGCGACUAUUUCUCUCCAGUCCCACAGUUGUCAAACAAAAAAAAAAAAAGCAGGUGUAUUUUUUCAGUGAACGACGCUUUAUAAUUAUAUGUUUCAGUUCCUUCAUUAUGCAAUAAGCGUGUGUAAAUGUCAGCGCUGGCACUGUAUGAAUAUGUUUUCUCUCCCCCUCUGUUUCAGCUGCCAUCUGUCUUCUGAAGAAGCUUCUUGAGCCAGAUCCCAAUAAACGUCCCAAUAUCCACCAGGUGAUGGCUGAUUCCUGGCUCCAGCUCGCCAACAAAAACACAGGAGCACCAUACCUCAACAGGUUGGUAGUUUAGAAUACUUGUAUCAUAACAAAGGAAGUUGUCAAUUUUACUCUUGCGGAAAGAUUGUGAAAAAUUGAAUCAAAAUCACCACAAAGUUUAAAUUUUUCAUUUCUGUGUAAAGGAUCCACAUUGAAGAAAUAAACCACACCGUGUUGCUGCAUAUGACAGAGAAGAUGGGCUACAAGCACAGCGAGGUGCUGAGUGCCGUCCUCACCAACCGCGCCUGCCACACUCUGGCAGUCUACUUCCUCCUAAACAAGAAAAUGAAGAGACUUUCUAAAGAAUACAGGGUGAGUUGGCAUUGGUAAAAAAAGGAGGUUAAUCAGUUUCUAAAUUUCUGCAUCAUUUAAUUUUGUAUUCCUGUAAAGCUGACAAAACGGGUUACCCAUCAACAUAUUUGUAUAAUGCUUAAGCCUGUUGUAAUGUGGCGUGUCCUGUGUGUGUGUUUGUUUUUUUAGGAGAUGCAGUUCCAAGAAAAUAAAAAGAAAGGCGAAAAGCAGAAGAGCGAAUACUUCCAGACGCAGUGGAGAAAGCACGUAGACAAGCUCACCAUCCCCCCCAAACAGACGCCUGUCUACCUGGCAGUCAGCAAGGGGCCAAGCAAGGAGAAGAAACACCGAACAGGUGAGGAGUCAUACAGUGAAGUGGUUUUAUUAGAAACACUGCGUUUUUUUCAAGAACCCCCUCUCAUUGUGUGUGUUUCAUUUACCUUUAUCCAUACAGGGUAGGUUGACUGAGCAUGCUUGUUCUUGUACGGCAACGUCCUGAUUUACAUUAAAGUAGUAACCCAGUCAUCCGUCCAUCCAAUCCCUCAUCCCAUCCUUCCAUCCAUCCUUCUGUUGUUUGUCUGUGCACCCAUUCAUCCAUCUGAGAAGAAACCUCCUGGAAGAGUUACCAGCUAUUUGAAGGGCUAUUUUUUUUUUUAUUUACCUUACUUUACCUGCUUACAGUCAGAUUUAAAUGACCUAGAAAGUUGAAGUAAGUAUGUGGUGUAAUACCCUUUGAAACCAUAUCUGUCACAUCACACUACUCAAUUUAGAGCUUUUAAGUGGCGAACAGGGACAUAGAGGUAAAUCUGAGGUCUAAGCUCCCUUACCCCUUCACAGUUAACUCCAUCCUAUUUGAGAUCCUGCAUGUCGGGACAGGAUAGUCCUGUAGAGCUUAAAAUCUAGAACAGAAUGUCCUUGUGUCUUUACACCUCCCUGCUACAUACUCUCAAAUCAUAAUGUUUGCAUGAGGUGUGCUUACACUGACAUGGCAUGUAGUAUCUAUAUAUAUGGGCAGGCAUUCAGCCAAGAAUCCAGGCAAGCAGCAGUUCUUUACCAUUCAUUUUGAUGUACCUGGAACUAGUCCAAAAACUGUCAAGUUUGAAAGACAUUGAAGUUAAGUAGUACAGAAAUGCUUAUCUAACUCUUAUUGCCUCCUCAGGUCUGUUGCGGGCAAUCACAGGCGGCCAUCGCAAUUCACCCCUGGCACCACCCGGCACCGUUGCAUCGUCGUCGAUGGAGUACCUUGAGAUCCAUCCCCUCUUUCCCAACACCCCUCAGCAGCGGAGACGCCUGGCCACUCUCCCACAAGUCAACACUAGCCCAGAGCACAACAUACCCGCUCCCCCAGCACCAUCACCAAUUGGCAUGCAUUCCUUCGGUUCCCUCUCCAAAGCCGAACAAAUUGAAGACACCCCUGCUUCACCUUGGUACAAGCUGACCAACGGGACCCUGUCCCCACCUCGUCACGUCUCUGCCUUCCAGCCUGACUCUUCCUACCUGAAGAAGGCCACGAUCCCCAGUCCUCCUGUCCUUAUUGUUAACCCACAGCCCAAGAAAAGUCUCUCAUCAGACUGGUGCGGUUCUUCUGACACCAGUGGUAGCCCCCCCAGUACUGUAGGAAGCCCCCCAGGAAGCUCGGCUUUCAGCCCCCCAAAGUCUGCCUUUAGUCCCCUCAACCCCACCUCAGCCUUCAGUCCUCCUUCAAACAACAGCAGUAGCAGCGAUCCCGAGAGCCCAACACACCGUAGCAAGUUCCCCUCGAUGGGUAUCGGACAGAUCUUAAAAAAGAAGGUCCAGCUGCAGCCGUUCAGCUUUCGACCAGAACAGGUCGUAGAAGAGGUGGUGUCCCCACCCCCCUACCCCAUGCAGACUCUUCUCUGUGCUUCAGGUGCACUCAAGACCCUCUGCUGAGGGACCAAGGACAAAAGAAAAUGAAAGAAAGACUCUAGGCCCCUUUCAACAAUGUUGGGGAGGUCUUCCAGAGUGGCCUUUGGAACUGUGAACUGUCCCUUUAUUGCAACUGAGCCACUUUUUAUGGCCGACUUGUUCAUUUAAAAAAAGAAAAAAGAAGAAAUACAAAAGUGUUUCAGGAUGAAAUAUCUCAUGUCAAUCCUCUCAUUGUGUAAUAAGAGGUGACGAUACUGGGACAAUGAGAUUUGAAACAGAUCCCUUAGCGAUUACCUACUGUCACUGUGUCCUAGAUACGGAGCAGACAUAGGACAUCGUGUAAUAUGGGCCUUGACGACAAGGUGUAAAAACACACACAUACACGUAACACUGUAUUAUACACUGAGUGUAGAGAUACUCUUAUGUAAUAUUGCUGUAACUGGUUACUAAUUGAGCCGCAAACUGAUUCACACCAGCUAACAGACCCCAACCCUGACCCUGACUACAUGUUAAAUGUUUUGUGUCUGUAUAAACUCUCUUAAAGAAACCCACUGACUUCCAGCCAGCUGGCACUGUAUCCUCAACGCUGACUGGAUGACCAAGCGCACUGCACUAUUCUUAAAAAAACCAAAACCUAUAGUAACAACGUUUACCAUCUUUUACCUCACUGCAUUAUUCAUGCAUUAAUGUAUGUCAGCAGUCGAAUGCGACAUGCUUGUGUGGAUUUUGCCACAGUGUAGCAGUGUGAGUGUUAGAAAUCAACACACUGAAAUAGAAGUAGGUACGAAGAAUAGAGUCAUACCCUCACUUUUUAUAGCGUUCUCAUAAAAUAUCACUCAACUCUGACAAUAAUUCAAAGCUAUAACUUUUUAUACACGUUACAUCACCUCUUUAACCCACAGGGAAACUGUAAAAGUCUUACUUAGGGAGGAUAUGCCUGUUCAUUGUCAGUUUUGGUAAAAAAAGAAAGAUAUAAAAAAAAAAGCAUCGAAAGCCUUAUGAAACUGAUAGACCUCGCCAAUAGCUGAGGGCAAGAAGGCGCCAAGAAGUGCUACCAGUAUCACGAAACGCCCAUGAAAAUAGUUCACUUCCUUUUGUCUUAAUGCUGUAGUUUGUGCAAUAGUCUUAAAUGUUAACUGCAAUGAAGAGUAUUUGCCAAGCACUCUCUAAGAGUGAUGUGAAAAUUGUGCUUGUAUAUAACAGUUCGACUCUUGUGUUAAUGUCCCGUAUGCCGUCCUGUACAAAGGGAUUCCAAAAUGUUUGUUGAACUGACAUUUUUCGCGUCUAAUGUCAUCAUGAAACGAUUUGACUCUAGGGACCCGCAGGCACAAGAGGCUUCUCGCUGUUAAAAAUCCGUAGAAUCUCUUCCUGUCCAAAUGAAAAAGUUGCAUGCAAUGUUUCACGAGUCAAACUUGUACUGUGAACAUUUAAAAUUUUAUGUAUUUGUACCUUUUUUCUGGUUGAUACUGAGAUUGAUACAGACUCGGGGGUCUUUUGUAAGAUUUUGUAAUGGAUGGUUUUGUUUGAGUGUUAAGAGAUUUCUAUGCUGUACAAAGUAUUUUAAAUAUUUAUACUAAAUCCA